AUGUCUUUUUGUCCAAACGAACAGGUUUUCGUCGACGACAACUGUGUAAACAUACCCCCAACAAAACGACAAAAGACUAUUUGUGAAGUCAACAGUGUUUUAGCCGGUGACACUAAUUUGAUUGCAGAUGGUAGUAGCUGUUAUUCUUUGCCAACAGUGCCAGGAAAACAUAAAGACCUCAAGAGCAUUUCACCAGAAACAUUGUCAGACGUCUUAUGUGGUCGUUACAGUUAUGUCAUAAGCAGUUUUCGUGUUAUUGACUGCAGAUAUCCUUAUGAGUAUGACGGUGGACAUAUUCAGUCAGCAGAAAACAGAUACCUCCAUGGGAUGAUAGAAGACCUUCUGCAACAGACAUCUGUGCAAGUCCUCAUCUUUCACUGUGAAUUUUCACAAGAAAGAGGUCCUGCAAUGUUACGACAUCUUCGCAGUAAAGAUCGUCAGAUGAACACCGAGAAUUACCCAGCAUUGAACUAUCCAGAAAUCUACCUUCUUGACAGUGGCUACAAGUCUUUCUUUGAAACAUCAUCUGAUUUGUGUGACCCUAUUGACUACAGACCAAUGCUUCAUUCUGAUUUCUCUGCAGACCUCCAUCACUACCGUCGGGUAGCAGAUGUACGUCAUUUCCGUUCCAAGUCCAAGUCCUGGUCAUCAGGUGAUAGAUCACGCUUAUCCAGAAAGGUUAUAUUCUGACAUGUUGUUAUGUGACGCUGUUUGUUAUGUUACUGACCUUUAUCUGUGAUAUAUAUUGUUAUUGUUGAAAACUCAAAGUGCUUGUAAUUGAUUAAAUGUUAUUCAUUAAUCAAUUAAAUGUUAUACAUA